AUGGAGGCUGAAAACAGCUCGCAAAUCCGAGAUGAGAGCGCGGCUCUUGCGGAGCAGAAGGCGGGCGAGCCGUGUGACGCCGUCGCCAAAGCAAAUGUAUCAAAGUUGACCCUUUAUCACUGGACGCAGUCGUUCAAUUCACAGAAGGUGCGCCUGGCCAUCGCAGAGAAAGGUUUGCGUUGUGAAGAGUAUGACGUGAGUUUACCACUCAGCGAGCACAACGAGCCCUGGUUCAUGCGUUUGAAUCCUACUGGCGAGGUGCCUGUCCUGGUGUACGAUGACGGCGUCAUCUGUGACCCCACGCAGAUCAUGGACUACCUGGAGCAAAACUUCACAGACGUGGGCACUCCCAGGCUGAUACCAGAAGAGGGAAGCACAUACUACCACAGAGUGCAGCACUACAGAGAGCUGCUGGACUCGCUGCAGAUGGACGCCUACACGCACGGCUGCAUCCUCCACCCCGAGAUCACUGUAGACUCGCACAUUCCGGCUUAUGCCGCCACGAGCAUACGAACGCAGAUCCUAAACACAGAGUCAGAGCUGAAGAAACUGGCAGAGGAGAACCCAGAGCUCAAAGAUGCUUACAUAGCAAAACAGAGGCGCUUAAAGUCCAAGUUGUUUGACCACGACAACAUGAAGUACCUAAAGAAGCUUCUAGAUGAACUGGAGAACGUGAUGGAUCAGGUUGAGACGGAGCUGCAGAGGAGGAUGGAAGAAACCCCAGAAGAAAACAGUCAACAGUCGUGGCUGUGCGGCCAGUUCUUCAGCAUGGCCGAUGUCUCCCUGGCAGUCACCCUGCACCGUCUCAAGUUUCUCGGCUUGUCCCGCCGCUACUGGGGCAACGGCAGCCGCGCUAACCUGGAGGCCUACUACGAGCGCGUGCUGGAGCGGCCGGCCUUCAGGAGAGUCCUGGGCCACGUCAACAACAUUCUCAUCUCGGCUGUGCUCCCGGUUGCCUUUCGCGUGGCCCGGAAGAACGCGCCGGUUAUCGCCGGCGCCACUUUUUUGAUCGGCCUUUUGGGCGGUGCUACAUACCUGGCUUUUCUUUAUAUGAGGAGGAGGUUGACUUUUUCCAGUUGGGUUAGCUGGAGCUGAAUUCAUGGGGUCGCACAAAUCAUGAAUAUCUCAAAUCAAAGUCAAAUAGUAUUUAUUAAAGGAUAUUUAAAAGAUAUACCUGCUUAUGCUGUACCUGAAAUUUCCCAAAAUGGAUCAAGCAACGUGUAAAAACAUUUAAC